CUGUGGGUAGGAGACGGGCGGUGGAAACGCCAUUUUGUGGGGCGCCCAAGUCAUCGGCGGUGUGACGCGUCUGUCGGCACGGUUGGAGAUUGAAAAGUUGAAUUUGUUGGAGCCGUGUACAAGAUUUAAAACAAUACCAUGGGUUCUGACAAGCGAGUGAGCAGAACAGAGCGUAGUGGGAGAUAUGGUUCCAUCAUUGAUAGGGAUGAUCGUGAUGAGCGGGAAUCCCGAAGCAGACGGAGGGAUUCAGAGUACAAGAGAUCUAGUGAUGAUCGUAGGAGUGACAGAUACGAUGACUACAGGGAUUAUGACAGUCCAGAGAGGGAACGCGAGAGAAGAAAUAGCGACAGAUCAGAAGACGGUUAUCAUUCUGAUGGAGACUACGGAGAGCAUGACUACAGGAAUGACAUUAGUGAUGAGAGGGAGAGUAAGACGAUCAUGUUGCGGGGGCUUCCCAUUACUGUCUCAGAAAAUGAUAUUCGAGAGAUAAUGGAAUCCUUUGAAGGCCCUCAGCCUGCAGAUGUGCGGCUGAUGAAGCGAAAAACAGGUGUAAGCCGUGGUUUCGCCUUCGUGGAGUUUUAUCACUUGCAAGAUGCUACCAGCUGGAUGGAAGCCAAUCAGAAAAAGUUGGUGAUUCAAGGAAAACACAUUGCAAUGCACUACAGCAAUCCCAGGCCCAAAUUUGAAGAUUGGCUUUGUAACAAGUGCUGCCUUAAUAACUUCAGGAAAAGACUAAAAUGUUUUCGGUGUGGAGCGGAUAAAUUUGACUCAGAACAGGAGGUACCACCUGGAGCUGCAGAGGCUGUUCAGUCUGUGGAUUACUACUGUGAUAAUUCAGCAAUCAUUCUCCGGAACAUAGCUCCCCAUACUGUAGUGGAUUCCAUUAUGACUGCACUGUCGCCGUAUGCAUCACUGGCUGUCAAUAAUAUUCGCCUUAUCAAAGACAAACAGACACAGCAGAACAGAGGCUUUGCAUUUGUACAACUAUCUUCUGCAAUGGAUGCCUCUCAGCUGUUGCAAAUAUUACAAAGCCUUCAUCCCCCAUUGAAGAUUGAUGGGAAAACCAUUGGAGUCGAUUUUGCCAAGAGUGCCAGAAAAGACUUGGUUCUCCCCGAUGGUAACCGGGUCAGCGCCUUCUCUGUGGCUAGCACAGCCAUUGCUGCGGCUCAGUGGUCGUCCACCCAGUCUCAGAGUGGAGAAGGGGGCAGUGUAGACUACAGUUAUCUCCAGCCAGGCCAGGAUGGCUACUCCCAGUAUGCUCAGUACCCACAGGACUACCAGCAGUUUUACCAGCAGCAGGCAGGAGAGUUGGAGUCUGAUGCAUCUUCAGUAUCAGGGGCGGCAGUGACCACUUCAGCAGCUGUGGUAUCUCAGAGUCCCCAGCUCUAUAAUCAAACCUCCAAUUCACCAGGCUCACCGACUGAGGAGGCGCAACCCAGCACUAGCACUAGCCCUCCAGCACCAGUGACUUCACCGCCUGGUGUAGUUCCCGGAACCAAAUGUGCUGUCCCUGACACUUCUACCUACCAGUAUGAUGAAUCUUCGGGAUAUUAUUAUGAUCCAAUAACAGGACUCUAUUAUGAUCCAAAUUCCCAGUACUAUUACAAUUCCUUAACCCAGCAGUAUCUUUACUGGGAUGGAGAGAAAGAGACCUAUGUGCCUGCUGCAGAGUGCAUAGCACACCAGCAAACUGGCUUGCCUUCCAAUAAAGAAGGGAAAGAGAAGAAAGAGAAACCCAAGAGCAAAACGGCACAACAGAUUGCCAAAGAUAUGGAACGCUGGGCGAAGAGUCUAAAUAAGCAAAAAGAAAAUUUUAAGAAUAGCUUCCAACCUGUCAAUUCCUUGAGAGAUGAAGAGAGGAGAGAAUCAGCGGCGGCCGAUGCUGGCUUUGCUCUCUUUGAAAAGAAGGGAGCAUUGGCUGAAAGACAGCAGCUCAUCCCAGAGCUGGUGAAAAAUGGAGAUGAGGAAAACCCACUCAAACGUGGUUUAGUUGCUGCUUACAGUGGAGACAGUGACAAUGAGGAAGAACUGAUGGAAAGAAUUGAAAGUGAAGAAGAAAAACUGACUGACUGGAAGAAAAUGGCAUGUCUGCUCUGUAGAAGGCAGUUUCCAAACAAAGAUGCUUUGGUCAGACACCAGCAGCUCUCAGAUUUGCAUAAGCAAAACAUGGAUAUCUACAGACGAUCCAGGCUGUCUGAGCAGGAACUAGAAGCUUUAGAACUAAGGGAGAGAGAGAUGAAGUACAGAGAUAGAGCAGCUGAGAGGAGGGAGAAAUAUGGAAUCCCAGAACCUCCAGAGCCAAAACGCAAGAAACAGUUCGAUGCUGCCACAGUGAAUUAUGAGCAACCUACUAAAGAUGGCAUCGACCAUAGUAAUAUUGGCAAUAAAAUGCUACAGGCCAUGGGCUGGCGGGAAGGAUCAGGCCUAGGAAGAAAGUGUCAGGGUAUCACCGCACCCAUUGAGGCUCAAGUACGAAUGAGGGGAGCUGGCCUAGGGGCAAAAGGCAGUUCUUAUGGAGUAUCGACUGCAGAUUCUUACAAAGAUGCUGUCCGGAAAGCCAUGUUCGCUCGAUUCACCGAGAUGGAAUGAAAUAGAACAACUCCUUUCCCCUGUUGCUCAGCACCUUUAUAUAUGUAGAAGUCCACAGGACUCCCUUCUACAGAAUUGACUGUUACAACCUGUACCCUUGUCCGGGACUAGUGCCAUUGACGGGCUUAUGAUGAAUUAUUUCCUUUUCCGGGGACUUCUCUUCCAUAUGAUAAUGAUUUCUCUACUCGGGAGUGUUUGGUGGCCAUUACUCCACCUCCGUGCAAGGGGAAAUCGCGGUCAGUUGAACUGGGAUGCUGCACAUUUUAUACUGUCUUGUAUAUACUGUAAUUUAAUGUGUGCAACUGUGUUCCAGUUAAAAGAUGCCACUCCUCUCCUCUGCAGAUGGUGAAGUGUUAGCUGUUGUUUGACACUGAAGUCUCCAUCAACAUUCUGCUGUUGUGCUGUCUAUUUUGGCAAAAAGCCUUAUGUAUAUUUUGUAUGAUACCUUUGUACAGAAUUUUUUCGAAGAUUUUCAAUCUAGGUGCCAGUUCUGGCCCCUUUCCAAAAGAAAUAACUUGAAAUAUG